UGUGUAGGGUUGAUUAUGAGAAAGAAGGUAAAGAAGACUUGACGUUUGGAUUUACCUAAAUAGCCUUCUUAGUGUCAUUGUUUUUGUUUCACUUCUGAUUUCAAAAGUCAAAGAUAUCUGUGAUAACGUAGGAAUCAGUUAAUGGGAAAAAUCUAACAAUGUUCAGCUUUGAGGGAGAUUUCAAAACAAGACCCAAAGUGUCACUGAGAGGAGCAAGUAAAAAAGAAGAGAAAGCAUCCCUGCUGCAUCGUACUCAAGAGGAAAGACGAAAAAGAGAGGAUGAAAGAAAACGACUGAAGAAUGCCAUCAUCAUUCAGUCUUACAUACGGGGCUACCAGGACUUGAAAAGACAGUAUGCCAUUCAGAGGGCUAAGUUUGACGAGUGUGUCAGCCAGACACAGGCAGGGGGAGCUCAGUAUGUCCUGGAUGGUGCUGGUCUCUCCCUCGUAUCAAGACAACUUAUAUUUUUCUACAGACAGAGUGUGGACGCACAUAGAUUGAUAUGGUUAUGCCAGAACUUGGUGAAACACAACAGCCAGUUUGUGAAGCUGUUGGUUGGCCCACAAAAGCAAACAUGUAUGUUUCAGAUCAAAAGGAUUUUGGGCUUCUGCUGCAGGCUUCUUCAAAACUGCACUGAUGAUAGUUUAAAUGUUGCUGUUCCCAUGCGCAUGCUAGAAAUCUUUUCUUCAGAAAGAACUUUUCUUUCUGUUAUUCCAGAAGCUAACUAUGUAGCUUCUUUACUUGAGCAGAUUUUGCACUACAUGGUACAGAAAGGAUACUAUAGGUCGCUGUGUAUUCUUGUGAAUAACAGGCUCCCCUCCAGCCUGGAGUACAGCGAUUCUCCUUCUAUCCCCCUGGCAAGCACACUGUUGGAGCACAUCCUCAAACCUCUGCACUUUACCUACUCCUCUUGCACAAAAGACGCAAGGCAGUCUGUAUUUGCGGCUUUCACGAAGGAGUUCAUCUCUGCUCCGUUUACCGAGCAGAUCUUUCACUUCUUUAUCCCGGCACUCUCAGACUGCCGUCUCUCAUUUCCAUUCGAGGCCUUCCUGAGCUCUCUUCAGUCCACUGUUGACUCUUCCUCAGCAGCACAGAGCCAGGCACCGUGGCUGUUGUACUUUGUCCUUUCUGCAGGGGAGAACUGCUUAGGCUCUUUGUCAGAGGAGGGUCUCUUGUUGUACCUCUGGGCUUUGCAGUCCCUGCUGCCACUGCUGCCGGUGUCAGAAAGCAGCAGCAGGCCAGAAGUGAGCAGUGACUCAGAAGAUGAAGAUGAUGCUGACAUCCAUGCACUACCCAUGCAGGAUGACAGCCGGAUUUCUGUGCAGCUGAUAACAGAGGAAUGCGUCCACAAGCUGGACACCAAACAGCAGACAAACACCCUGUUGAACCUUGUGUGGAGGGAUUCAGCCAGUGAGGAGGUUUUUACCAUGAUGGCAUCUAUCUGUCACACACUCAUGGUGCAGCACCGACUCAUGGUGCCAAAAGUCAGGCUUCUGUACAGUUUAGCCUUCAAUGCACGCUUCUUGAGGCAUCUUUGGCACCUGAUAACAUCCAUGACAACAAAAAUGAUCACAGGUUCCAUGGUGCCGCUGCUACAGCUGAUCUCACGAGGGUCUCCGUUGUCAUUUGAGGACUCGAACCGCAUCAUUCCCCUCUUCUAUCUUUUCAGCUCUCUGUUCAGCCACUCGCUUAUCUCUGUGCAUGAUAGUGAAUUUUUUGGCCACGAAAUGGAAGGUCAGGUGCAGUCGUCCAUGAUGCCCUUCACACUGUCAGAGCUGGUGACUUUGUCUCGCUGUUUGAGGGAUGCAUGCCUGGGAAUCAUCAAGCUUGCCUACCCUGAGACCAAAACGGAGCACAGAGAAGAGUACAUGGCUGCCUUCCGUAGUGUUGGCGUGAAGACUAACACUGAGGUCCAGCAGCGCAUCCAAGCUGAGCAGAAGCGCUGGGUGCAGCUCUUCAAGGUCAUCACUAACUUGGUGAAGAUGGUGAAAGCUCGUGACAUCAGGCGACCCUUCUGUCCAGCAGGUCACUGGCUUUCUGAGGAGGUCAACAUCCGAGCUGACAAGGUCACUCAGUUAUACGUUCCCUCAGCCAGACAUGUGUGGAGAACUCGAAGGAUGGGUCGCAUUGGGCCUCUUCAGUCAACACUUGAUGUUGGUUCAGAACCACCACAGCUGUCUGUGUCUGAAGAGAGACAUCUGGCCAUCCUUACAGAGCUCCCUUUUGUUGUUCCCUUUGAGGAGCGAGUCAAGAUCUUCCAGAGGUUAAUCUAUGCUGACAAACGGGAGGUGCAGGGGGAUGGACCAUUCCCUGAUGGCAUCAAUGUCACCAUCAGACGCAACUACAUCUACGAAGACGCCUACGAUAAACUCUCUCCAGAAAACGAACCUGACCUAAAGAAAAGGAUUCGAGUCCAUCUGCUGAACGCCCACGGUCUGGAUGAGGCGGGCAUUGAUGGUGGUGGCAUCUUUCGUGAGUUCCUCAAUGAGCUCCUCAGGUCAGGCUUUAACCCCAACCAGGGCUUCUUUAAGACAACCAACGAAGGCUUGCUGUAUCCCAGCCCUGCGGCAGAGAUGCUGGUGGGAGACUCUUUCACAAGACACUACUACUUCCUUGGCAGGAUCCUUGGAAAGGCGCUGUAUGAAAACAUGCUGGUAGAGUUGCCCUUUGCCAGUUUCUUCCUGUCCAAACUUCUGGGAACCAGUGCAGAUGUGGACAUCCACCAUCUGGCCUCUUUGGACCCAGAAGUGUAUCGCAACCUUCUCUUUCUCAAGAGCUACGAGGAUGAUGUGGAAGAGCUGGGACUCAACUUUACUGCGGUGAACAACGACUUGGGAGAAGCUCAGGUGGUUGAGCUGAAGCCAGGAGGCAAAGAUAUUCCUGUGACCACAGCAAACCGGAUAGCUUACAUCCAUUUGGUGGCUGACUACAGGCUGAACAAGCAGAUCAGGCCUCACUGCCUGGCCUUCAGACAAGGUCUGGCCAACGUGGUCAACCUUGAGUGGCUGCGUAUGUUCGACCAGCAGGAGAUCCAGGUGCUGAUAUCUGGGGCUCAUGUUCCAGUAUGUCUUGAUGACCUAAAAAACUUCACAAACUAUUCAGGUGGGUAUUCAGCCACUCAUCCUGUCAUCCAGACCUUCUGGCAGGUGGUUGAAGGAUUCACAGAAGAAGAAAAGCGCAAGCUGUUGAAGUUUGUAACCAGCUGCUCCCGUCCGCCGCUACUUGGCUUCAAGGAGCUUUACCCGGCCUUCUGUAUUCACAAUGGCGGCUCUGAUCUGGACCGCUUGCCAACCGCGAGUACCUGCAUGAACCUGCUCAAGCUCCCCGAGUUCUGCGACCAGCAUCUGAUGAGGAACAAGCUGCUGUACGCCAUCGAGUCCUCUGCUGGGUUCGAGUUGAGCUGAGCAGACAAAGGCCUCUCUGUCUCUGCAUCUAUGGACUCAUUGCCACAGAGGUGGCUUUGGAGUGAAAGACUCAAAAACAGAUGAGGGAAAGGAAAUGAUGCAUUGACUGAUUAAUCGUGUUUCAAUGUGUGCGUGUGCCAAGCAGUGGGUGAGGCAGUAAUUACCCAGAGACUGAGCAAAAGGGUACAGGCUUGAAAUGGUGGGCUAGGAAGCCUUUUUAACUUAGUUGAUUUUAAGUAAUUUAAAUGUUUAAUCGCUUGUGAGAACCCUUCUGAAGAUCAGUGAUGCUGCUGGAUUUUACAGGAAGCAUUUGGCUCUGAACAAAAAAAAAAACAAGAGAACCGUAGCAGCUCCUCUCUGAGUAACACAACAUGAAUGGACACUUGUUUUUCACCAAAGAUUAAGUGGCAUUGUUUGAAAAAGGCAAUAUAGCAGCAAAGAAGGUGGACUUUCGGACUCUAAAGCCACCUUGUGGUGUGCCAAGGGCUGCUGAGGCGGAGGAGCUUUUGUGUACUGCUAUCAUGCAUUUUCAUGUAGAAGUCAUUGAAACUCCAGUUUUUGUGAUUUCCCAAAUAUUAUCUUUACUAGUAAUAACUCUCAUGUCUAAUAACCAUACCGUAAGUCUGCACACAGCAUCUGGAGAGUAGAGAAGGAUUUUGCUGGACUUCAGAUGCAGAAAGGAUUAUAUGAUGAUGGUUUUUGUGAAUAUGUAUAUGUUUACAACCCUUCUAUAAGUCAUGUAUUUGGUAUUUGUACAGAUUUGUUUCUCUGUCCUUUAGAGGUUUUAUGUUUCCACAUGUGCCCUCUAAGGUGAACAAUCUCUAACCUGAUCAGCACAUGAAAAUCUGUCAUACUGAAAUGGCCUGCAAAUGAUCAGUGUAUCAACAGGGUGAGGAAAACAGUGUAUGGAGAUGAAUAAAAUUGCUUUCCCUUUUGCA